CAUGAAAAUGGGCCGCUCACUGCGCUGCCUAUUUUGGGCCACACUCUAUUGUGUUCUCUAUCUUGUAAAUGCUACCGAUGAAGACUUAAUGGAUUUUGAUUUUACUGAUCUUAAAGAAAUCGAUUGGAAUUAUGAAAAUGAUAAUAGCAAAGAGUUGAUGCCUAAGGGAACUACAAAAGAAAAUUUAAUCACUUUCGAUGAUGACGAUGAUCUGUUGGAGGAAAAUCAAGUUCAUCCAUUUGAUUGGCGAGAAAAGGUGUUAAGGACAGCUUUGUCUAAGGCUUUAUCGAAUAAAGCAGUUCGGCAGAAGUUCGUAGAGGUCAUGCCCAUAUUGAGGGUAUUAUCAAAACAGCAGAGAUUGGCUUUGUCAGCUUUGAUAACGGCUCAAAUCAAUGCCAAGAAGGGUAAUGAACUAAAAUUGGAUCAGGUGCGCAUGAUGUUUGGUGAUGACAAGUCUUUAAUAUUGCCUAUAGUCUAUGAUAUAGCCAAUUUAGUACGCAAUUCGGCAAAGAAAUAUAUAGAAUUCGAUUAUAAUUUGGCAGACUUUGGAGAUUUUUCUAAAACUAAAAUCUCCUAUGAAAGAAGAAAUCUGGAACUAACUCCCGAAGAAAUGGCAGCAGAAGAAAAUAAUGAGGGUAUUGGCACCUUACCGGCCACAGCACAAAUGACACAGGUCAUGGGCUUAGAUGGUUUGGAAGAUUUUAUGUCUGAUGAAGUUUUAGAUCCUAAGGAAAUUAACGAGGAAUUGGAACAAUUAAAAAGUUCAAAUAAUGAUACAAAAUCGGAUUUAGAUAAUGUAAAUUUUGAUAUGGAAUUAGAAGAGGAAGAUGAUGCUGAUGCUGAUAUCACUGAUCCUUUAGAUAUAAAUCAUCAAUUGCAAAAAGAUGUGCCCACUUUGACUUUGUUGAAACUUAAUAAAACUCAAGAAAUGGAAAUAUUAACAGAUAGUACAACAGAGAAACCUAAAGAAGAGAUCACAACAACUAAUACAACUCCUAAAAUUCCUUUAAGGCGCAUACGCAGAUCUUUAAGGAAACCUAAAGAAUUUGUGCACAAGUUGGUGCGCUCAGUGCCUUUGGCGGUAAAUGAGGAAGACUUGCAAAGAGGUUUAGCUGGUCGUACUUUAAGGCUAAAUACCACUGCUUUUGCUUCACCUAAAGAAACUUCCAGUCGUCCUAAAACCCCCACCUCUUCCCCCUCCACUACAUCUACCACAACUACUACCCAUGCUCCCAUAAUUGUUACACCCGAAACAGUGCAAGAAGAGACCUACGAACCCUAUCAAUUAGUGGAGGAUAUGGCUUUUGCCAGUUUAAAUGGCAGCGAAAUAUUUCUCGAUGACAGCGAGAGUCAAGACAACGAUUUAAUAAGUGAGGGCAAAUCCGAUGAUCCGGAUAAAGAAAUUUUACCUACCCCCGAAGAGUUAAUAGCUGGACCACGUUAUCGUAUAGCGGGUAAUAAAUUAAUCCGUUCGAAAGUUUCAUCCGCCAAACGUAAACGUGUUCAGGUGCGUGCCAGACCAAAACAGGGAGCUGUUGGUAAUGGUGUACCGGCUCCUAAGAAAUGUGAACGUUUUACCGCUUCAAUGUGUAUAAAAACUGAUGAUUAUCCCAUAGACCAAAUUAUGGGCAGCAUAAGAAGACAUAGAAAUGCCAUGACCGCUUUGUUAGCAGAAUACAAUGAUAAACCUUUAAAUUCGAUUGAUACAACUGAGGAUUUUGAUGACUAUAUCUAUGGCAAAAAGAGACGUGAAGAUGAUAUACAAGGUGGUUUGUGUCAAAGUAUUGUACGCUAUGCUAGACCCCAGAAGGCCCGUUCAGCUUCAGGAGAAUGGAAAUAUAUAGUUAAUACUGGACAACAUACACAAACUUUGCGUUUGGAAAAAUGCAUGAAUCCUCAAGAAAGUUGCAGUUAUUUAUCUGGCUCCUAUCGUUCUCACUGUGCCCAAGUUUACAACUAUCAUCGUCUAUUGAGUUGGGAUAAGACUAGAGGUUUGCAUGUGGACAUUUUCAAAGUACCCACUUGCUGCUCUUGUCAAAUUGAUGGUUAUAAACAACAAUUUCCUGCCUUAACCUCUCAGGGAAAUCAAGAAGAAUUUACUCCCAUUUAUAAAGGAGAAUUGUAUCAGCAACAUCAACAAUAUCAAUCAAAUGAUUACAGUGAUGAUGAGGAAGACGAAGAGGAAGAUUUAAACUUUGCCUUACAACAUCAGCAUCAUAAACAUGAUGCCAGUUUUGAUGCCAAUGAAUUAAGCAGUAAUAGGGUGAAAAGUCGUCUUCCUAGUCCCACUGUAGGAUCCUACUUAAGUCCCCCUGGUAAUGAGAAAUAUGAACAGCAUUAUUUAUAUAAAAGUUCUAGGGAUACAGUAGCAAAUAGUCCUGCGCACCAACAUUCCUCAUCGUCUAUAAGUUCUUCCGCCUCUAAUAAGCAUUAUUCUAGAGAUGUACAACAACGCAGAAGACCCCAUAAGAGUUAUAGUGACAGUAGAUCGGAUCAGGAUUUCUCGCCUAGUGAACAGCAUGCCGAAAGAGAGCUAGCACCGGCAGUAGCGGCAUUAGCGACAGCAGCUCUACGGCCAUCCCAACCAGCACCGGAACCAUUCGUGCCUUCACAACUCCAUCCACUACAGUCUACCACAGUCAUACACGACUUAGACGACCCACCCUCGUUGAUACCAAUGCCCACCAAAAGCCACAAAUUACAGCAACAACUAUCAUACCAACAACAACAACAGCAGCAGCUACAACAACAACAGUCGCAAGCACAAUACCAUCAUCUGCAAUUAGGGCAGCAUCUCUACCGACCCACUAUUACACCCGCUCACGACAUGUCCUCAAAAACCAAUCCCGCUUACUUAUACCAUACACGAUCACGUCAACCAACAAGGGAGGUGGCGUUGUCGAAAAGGACAAUGCAGCGUCCACGACAGAGUUCGACGAAGAUAUCAAGACCACAACAACAACCGCAACCUCUACAUCGUCAUCAUCAGCGCAGCCACCGGAUGUUUAUGCUGUAAAUCCGGAAAUUUUUAAAAAUCAUUAUAAAACCAAAUUUAAUUUAAACUACACUACCACUCCUACGCUCACCACCUCGGCCACCUCCUCUGCCACACAUCCUCAACCUCCUAAACGUAUAAAUUACAGUUAUCAUCCCAUAAUAGA